AUGUUUGCGUCAAAUGAAGGUCAUCUUGAAGUUGUCAAAUAUCUUAUUUCUAUUGGAGUUAAUAUAGAUGAAAAAGAUAAUACAGGAGAAACAUCUCUAAUUUAUGCAAUUGAAUCUGGUCAUCUUGAUAUUGUUAAAUUACUUGUUCAAAAUGGAGCAGAUAAAGAAGUGAAAAUCACUAUCUCGUCAGGAGGAUUGACUAAAAGCGUGUUAAUAUCUGAAAUGACUCCAUUAUGCAUUGCAUCAAAGAAUGGCAAUCUUGAAAUUGUUAAAUAUCUUAUCUCAAUAGAAGCUAACGAAGAAGCAAAGGAUAAAUAUGGAUGUACGCCACUUAUUUGGGCAUCAAAGAAUGGUCAUCUUGAAGUUGUCAAAUAUCUUAUCUCAAAUGGAGCUGUGAAAGAUGAGAGAGAUAAAAAUGGAAAAUCACCUCUAAUUUGUGCAUCAGAAAACGGAAACAUUGAUGUAGUUCAAUAUCUAAUUUCUUGUGGAGCAGAUAUGGAAGAAAGGGAUGAUGAAGGAAGAACCUCACUUUUUAUUGCAACGAUAAGAGAUCAGCGUGAAGUAGUUAAACAUCUUACCUCUAUAGGAGCUAAUAAGGAAACAAAGGAUAAUAGUGGUAAAACAGCUGAUGAUUAUAAAAAAAACAGUUGGUGGACUGAAACUAUGUUCCUCUAA